AUGACCGUUAAUGAUGCCCAAGUCUCUGACACUAUUCGCCAAUGGCUACGAAUGCCUACCUUCGAUGCUCGACCUUGGGAGGAUGAAGAGCUGCUACUCCUCCUUCAGCAGAUGUACCUGGAUCACGACUUCUGCUCCAAGUUCGCCAUCGAUAUCCAGACUUUGAGGAACUUCCUUUAUGAGGCCUACAAGAACUACAACGACGAUUCAACUAGGUAG